CACACAUCUUUGGAAAUACAGUCUGUUCUAGUGGGCAAAAGAAAGAGAGAAAAUUAUAGCCGUUCUAAUUGUAUCAAAGUAUGAAACUUUCAAAUCUCCUUGAGGUAUAGGCGUUGUUGUCUUGCUGAUGGUACACGCGUCGUAUGAAAAAGCGUACACAAAUCUUAUUUCAAUUGAAGUUAUCGACUUUAUUCUAACAGUCAACGCGUGUCUAGAUUUUUCUUCAGGUGGACGAAGAAGAAAAAAAAAAACUACUUUGGCAAAUUAUGAAUCUUCGUUUCUCGAUUGAGUUUUAAAACCCUAAAAAUUCAAAAGAGAGAAAAAAAGACAUAGCUUUUAAUCUCUGAGAUUCUCUGCUCAAGUUGUUUACAGCUUUCUACUUUUUGAAGAAGGUAAUCGUUCUGUUUUUUCGUUGAUUACUGUUUGAGGUUUUCAUUGAAUCUUGUCUCGACAUGGGCUACUAUAACAAUGUCUUUGAUGAAUGCAACGACCAAACUGAUAUCGGUCGGGUUAUACGCGAUGGAAGGGAAGUCAUUCUCCAAGCAUAUAAUUGGGAAUCUCAUAAAUAUGAUUGGUGGAGAAACUUGGAUGGUAAAGUUCCUGACAUCGCGAAAUCCGGCUUUACUUCUGCAUGGUUGCCACCACCAUCUCAGUCUCUUGCACCGGAAGGUUAUCUUCCACAGGACCUUUAUUCACUAAACUCAGCAUAUGGCUCUGAGCAUCUAUUGAAAUCCUUACUGCGCAAGAUGAAACAAUACAAAGUUAGAGCUAUGGCUGAUAUAGUCAUCAAUCAUCGUGUUGGGACAACUAGAGGACAUGGUGGAAUGUAUAACCGUUAUGAUGGAAUUUCAUUACCGUGGGAUGAACACGCCGUGACUUCUUGUACCGGAGGACUGGGUAACCGAAGCACAGGGGAUAAUUUCAAUGGAGUUCCAAAUGUUGAUCACACUCAGCAUUUUGUUAGGAAAGAUAUAAUUGGAUGGCUUCGUUGGUUACGCAACACCGUCGGGUUUCAAGAUUUCCGUUUUGACUUUGCUAGGGGUUAUUCAGCAAACUAUGUGAAGGAAUACAUUGGCGCAGCGAAACCAUUAUUCUCGGUUGGAGAAUGUUGGGAUUCUUGCAAUUACAAUGGCCAUGGUCUAGACUAUAAUCAAGAUAGCCAUAGACAGCGUAUAAUCAGUUGGAUCGAUGCGACGGGACAGAUCUCUGCUGCAUUUGACUUCACAACUAAAGGAAUUCUGCAGGAAGCCGUAAAGGGUCAGUAUUGGCGUUUAUGUGAUGCCCAAGGGAAGCCACCGGGUGUAAUGGGAUGGUGGCCUUCAAGAGCUGUCACAUUCCUUGAUAACCAUGACACUGGCUCUACUCAGGCUCAUUGGCCGUUCCCUUCACACCACGUUAUGGAGGGCUAUGCAUAUAUACUUACUCAUCCCGGCAUUCCCUGUGUGUUCUACGAUCACUUUUACGAUUGGGGAAGCUCAAUACAUGAUCAGAUUGUCAAACUGAUUGACAUUAGGAGGCGACAAGAUAUCCACAGUAGGUCAACUGUCCGUGUUUUAAAAGCAGAAUCUAACUUAUAUGCAGCCAUUGUUGGUGAGAAAAUAUGUAUGAAGCUUGGAGACGGCUCUUGGUGCCCUUCUGGUAGAGACUGGACUCUAGCAACAAGUGGCCAUCGCUAUGCCGUCUGGCACAAGUAAUUCUUUUGUGUCUAUCUAGCUUUGAGUCCAAAGAAAAAUAUAUGUAAUUCAUUUUCUGUACCGGGUUUUACUAUAAUGUCAUGCCCUUACGUCUUCAUGACGUAAGAUUUUAUAAGUUAUAUUUAUGAAUGUAAAAUUUGCAUCUUUCGUGUGAAUGUUUUGUUAACAUAUCAUAAAAAAAAAGUGGAUGACUAGUGAGAAAGAGUAAUGGAGACUAUAGGAAAAAAGGGUUUUGUGCUUUUCCA